AUGAAGUUAAAUACGUUAUUAAAAGUUCUAAUACUAUUUUUUGCUAUUGUCAAUGGAAAUAAUGGUGAUUUUAAUGAUGCAAAUCAACAAGAAACAGAAAAUCGAGGAGAAAUUAUUGUAAAUCAUAGAAAUCAUAGAAAUUUUAAAAGAGAAGCUGACCAUUUAAAAUGGGAACGUAAAAGGAAUUUUGACGUAUCUGACAAUAAAUUUGUGAUAAGAAGAAAACUAAAUUCAAAGCUUAAAAUUCGUGGACAAAUUGAAACUGGAAGAGCUGUGAAAAAAAAUGACGAAAAGAUUCAAGGCAGACAAACACCACCGCCUCCUCCGCCGCCGCCACCACCACCUCCACCACCACCUCCCCCACCACCACCACCACCUCCACCGCCACCUCCUCCACCGCCUCCUCCUGGUGGAACAACUCCGAUCGAACCGCCACCACCACCACCACCGCCGCCUCCACCACCACCACCCCCACCUCCACCAACUGUACCAGCACCACCAACAGGCACAACACCAACAGGAACUACUCCCACUGUAUCACCGCCGACGGGUGCUACCACAACCGCUUCACCCACACCACCGCCACCGCCACCCCCACCUGUAACUACAUCUCCCCCAUCACCGCCCGGAGGUUUGGAACAUGAAAGAAAUUUGAAUGCAUCUAAGAAUGAAUUAUUGAUAAGAAAAAAACUAAAUUCAAAGUUUAAAAUUCGUGGGAAUAUUGAAAUCGGACCAGCUGUAAAACAAAAUAACGAAAAGAUUCAAGGCAGACAAACACCACCGCCUCCACCGCCACCACCACCACCUCCGCCACCACCACCACCACCACCACCUCCGCCACCACCACCACCGCCACCUCCACCUCCACCUAUUACAUCGCCUCCCACAUAUCAAAUAGAACCACCACCACCACCGCCUCCACCGCCUCCACCACCUCCACCACCUCCUCCGCCACCGGUACCAGCACCACCAACAGGCACAACACCAACGGGAACUACUCCUACUGCUACACAGACGCCUACCCCAACCGGUUCACCAACAUUACCUCCACCCCAGCCUGUAACUACAUCACCCCCGCCACCGCCCGAUAUUCAAAUUAUUAUUCCAGGAGCAUCUCCACCAUCCAAAUUUAACAAGGGCUGA